AACGACGUGGCGUUUUGCAUGGCCUAGUGUUUAUUUGUUUGUUAGCGGUAAUAUACGAUUCCACCUAAUUACAAGAUAAAGCGAGGGAGAUUUUUAGAGGACGAGAGCACUUCCAGCCACCCGCUUGCUUCCUCCUCAGUCUUCAUCCAGUCUUGUGCAGCAGUGCAGGGAUGACUUCUCUUCUGCAUGGAAAUCCAAAUUGCAACAUUUUAUGCGGAAAUAGAGCAAUUUCCUAUGUGGGUAUUUCAACUAUUCCAUUAUUGCGCUUGGGAGCUGGAGAUUUCCAAGGAAGGUUAAUUUCACAAAACUUCUAUAGAAGUGUCACAUUCUCUUUUCCAAGGGAAGGAUCCAGCAGCAUGAUGUCAAAGAAAGUUAAAUUUAUUAUCCCUAGAAGUAGCAGUUCCUCAGACUCCAGUAGCAAUGAAGAUGAUUCCUCUGAUCAAGACAAGCAGACGCCUUUUGGAUACACUAGGAAGGAUGUUUUAUUGAUCGGAAUAGGAGUUACUGUUCUAGGCAUUGGUUUGAAAAGUGGACUGGAGUUUGCUGGAGUGGAUUCUUUACAAGCAGGGAAUGUUGUUCAAUUGGUACUGGUUUUGGGCCUAACAGUUGGAUGGAUUUCAACAUAUAUCUUUAGGGUCUCAAACAAGGAAAUGACAUAUGCUCAACAGCUGCGUGACUAUGAAAACAAAGUGAUGCAGAAGAGGUUAGAGGGUUUGACAGAAGCAGAGUUAGAAGCACUGCUUGAACAAGUAGAGGAAGAGAAGAAACGCCUAGCAAAUGGUGAGCAGAUCAAUUGAAGUUUACUUGCCUUUUUUAUUUAAACUUAGAUCAAUUAAGCUUUAUGUCCAUAAAAAUUUCUGCACCAUAAUCAAUAUGGUAUCUGCAGUUAUGAGAGAAUCAAUUUACAGAACCCAACUUUACCCAUUGAAAUAUGAGAUGUAGAUAAUUUCAUUAGCAUGUAAUUUUGCAGUUGCAGAAAAAUUGAGUGUUUCUUUCACAGUA